AUGCCGCUCCACUUUAUUUCGGGAGAGGUAUCCGCUCAUCGACAGCUGGCGCCUCAUUAUGAAUUGGAAGAGAAGAAUGGGGGGAAAGAGAGGGACGCCUACCAACCCCGCAGCUGCAGCCCGCAAGCCCCGGCGGGCGAGGAGCGCCCGGAGCUUUCCCGCCGAGGCCCUCCGCCGCCCGCCCCGCCCAGCGCGACGCGCGGGGACUACAAGUCCCGAAGGAGCAUGGAUCAUGUAAAGGGAGUCUCCUGUGCCCUGCCCGUGUUUUACUGUGAUGUCAUUGGGGCACAAGCCACAGCUAUUUGUACAUCGAAGAAAGACUUGUUUCAAAUUAUUGUUCACUUUUACAAGAGCUACACGUGCAGCUCCUCUGCUCAGACCAAGCGUUCUUGCAAGAAACUAACAACUAACUUUGUGGUGAGUGUAUCUGCAGAAAUCGACUUGCAUACCAAAUGUGUGGUGGAUGUUGAUGCAAACAAGGUUGUUCUUAAUCCUGUAAAUACGAAUCUUUCCAAAGGAGAUGCCCGGGCUCAGCCAAAGGUAUUUGCUUAUGAUCAUUGUUUCUGGUCUAUGGAUGAAUCUGUCAAAGAAAAGUAUGCAGGACAAGAUGUUGUUUUCAAGUGCCUUGGGGAGAAUAUUCUUCAGAAUGCUUUUGAUGGCUACAAUGCGUGUAUCUUUGCCUAUGGACAGACUGGAUCUGGAAAAUCUUAUACCAUGAUGGGCACAGCUGACCAACCUGGAUUAAUCCCAAGACUUUGCAGUGGACUCUUUGAACGAACUCAAAAAGAGGAAAAUGAAGAGCAGAGUUUUAAAGUGGAAGUGUCCUACAUGGAAAUUUAUAAUGAAAAAGUUCGAGACCUUCUUGAUCCCAAAGGAAGCCGUCAGACACUGAAAGUCAGAGAGCAUAGUGUGUUGGGACCCUAUGUUGAUGGACUUUCUAAACUGGCUGUCACAAGCUACAAGGAUAUCGAGUCUUUGAUGUCUGAAGGUAACAAAUCUCGCACAGUUGCUGCAACCAACAUGAAUGAGGAGAGUAGCCGGUCCCAUGCGGUUUUCAAAAUCACCCUCACACACACGCUCUAUGAUGUGAAGUCUGGGACAUCUGGAGAGAAAGUGGGCAAACUGAGCUUGGUUGAUUUAGCUGGCAGUGAACGAGCAACAAAAACUGGAGCUGCAGGUGACAGGCUGAAGGAAGGGAGUAACAUUAACAAGUCCCUCACGACGCUCGGUCUGGUUAUCUCAGCUCUCGCAGAUCAGGGUGCUGGCAAAAACAAGAAUAAAUUUGUUCCAUAUCGUGACUCAGUUCUCACUUGGCUGCUCAAAGACAGUCUUGGGGGUAACAGCAAGACUGCUAUGGUGGCUACUGUGAGUCCGGCAGCUGAUAACUAUGAUGAAACCCUCUCAACCCUGCGGUACGCAGAUCGGGCCAAGCACAUUGUUAACCAUGCUGUGGUGAACGAGGAUCCCAAUGCUCGAAUCAUCCGGGAUCUCCGGGAAGAAGUUGAGAAACUCCGAGAGCAGCUCACCAAAGCAGAGGCAAUGAAAUCUCCAGAGCUAAAGGACCGGCUGGAAGAAUCUGAGAAGCUAAUCCAGGAAAUGACUGUGACCUGGGAGGAGAAAUUAAGGAAAACAGAGGAGAUUGCACAGGAGCGGCAGAAACAGCUUGAGAGUCUUGGAAUAUCUCUUCAGUCUUCAGGAAUCAAAGUUGGAGAUGAUAAAUGCUUCCUUGUUAAUCUGAAUGCUGAUCCUGCACUGAAUGAACUUCUGGUCUACUAUUUAAAGGAACAUACAUUGAUAGGGUCAGCAAAUUCCCAAGAUAUCCAACUGUGUGGAAUGGGGAUUCUUCCUGAACACUGUAUUAUAGACAUCACAUCCGAAGGCCAGGUUAUGCUGACUCCUCACAAGAAUACCAGAACAUUUGUAAAUGGGUCUUCUGUCUUCAGUCCAAUACAGCUACACCAUGGUGACAGAAUAUUAUGGGGAAAUAACCAUUUCUUCAGACUCAAUUUGCCUAAAAAGAAAAAGAAAGCAGAACGAGAGGAUGAGGACCAAGACACUUCCAUGAAGAAUGAUAAUAGUUCCGAGCAGCUGGAUGUAGAUGGAGACUCCUCCAGUGAGGUGUCCAGUGAAAUUAACUUCAAUUAUGAAUACGCACAGAUGGAGGUCACCAUGAAGGCUCUGGGCAGCAAUG